UCAUUCCAUCCCCUAUACGGUGCUGUUUCGUCAGUGUCACCACUUACCACAAUCAAAGCUUAUCUCUGUUCUGAGGCAUGGUGGAAGUGGGUCGGAUCAAGCUCGGGUCACAAGGCUUGGAGGUCUCGGUCCAGGGACUUGGGUGCAGGGACUUGUCUGCUCUCGGCAAGCCCGAACCCGACAUGAUCGCUCUCGUCCGCCACGCCAUCGAAAGCGGGGUCACAUUUCUCGACACCUCCGAUUUUUACGGCCGAAACGCAAAUGAAAUUUUUCUCGGAAAGGCUUUGAAGGGAGAUGUGAGGGAGAAAGUUGAAUUGGCUUCCAAAUUUGGACUUCUCUUUGCCGAUGGCAAGCUUGAUAUCCGUGGCGAUCCUGCAUAUGUGAGAGCGGCUUGUGAGGCCAGCUUGAAGAGACUGGACGUUGAUUGCCUUGACCUCUAUUAUCAGCAUCGUGUUGAUACUCGUGUGCCUAUUGAAGUCACGAUUGGGGAACUCAAGAAACUUGUUGAGGAGGGAAAAAUUAAAUAUGUUGGUUUGUCUGAGGCCUCAGCUUCAACAAUUAGAAGAGCUCAUGCUGUUCAUCCUAUAACAGCUGUGCAGUUGGAGUGGUCCUUAUGGGCAAGAGAUGUAGAGGAAGAGAUAGUUCCAACUUGCAGGGAACUGGGCAUUGGAAUUGUAGCAUAUAGUCCUCUUGGGAGAGGAUUCUUUUCAUCAGGAGCAAAGGUGGUUGAAAGCUUUUCAGAAAAUGAUUUUCGGAAGCGUCUGCCUAGAUUCCAACCUGGAAACCUGGAGCACAAUAAUAGUAUAUUUGAGAGGGUUAGUGAACUGGCUAAAAGAAAAGGAUGCACUACGUCCCAAUUAGCAUUGGCCUGGCUUCAUCAUCAAGGAAGCGAUGUGUGUCCUAUUCCUGGAACUACCAAAAUAGAGAACUUGAAUCAAAAUAUUGGGGCUUUGUCUGUUAAACUUACUCCACAAGAAUUGUUUGAGCUUGAGUCUUUUGUUCCAGGUGAUGCCAUUAAAGGUGAUAGAACUGCUAUUGGAACAGCUCCAUGGCAGGAAUCUGACACCCCGCCACUUUCUUCUUGGAUAGCUUCAUAAUGAAGUACAUUCCUUGUACUAUCUCUUAUGUAUCAUAGGAAUAUAAUAAAUAUUUGGGAACAGAAAUUGAUGUGUUUAAUGACAAUUUGGUUCAUGUCCAA